AAUGGCGCCUUACUGUUUGACUGUCUCUAGGCUGCGGCUGGCCCUUGGAACCGGGGCGAAGCGUUUUCAUGUCUCUGCAGUCUUUAGCGCCAAAGCCAAGGUGGCCAUGAGCCGCUUUGAGCCCGGCUCCAGCAUUAACUAUGAGAAGAUGCACGACAACAUCGACAUUGUGCGCAGGAGGCUCAGCAGGCCUCUCACUCUGUCGGAGAAGAUCGUGUACGGUCACUUGGACGAUCCAGCCGGGCAGGAGAUCGACCGCGGGCGUACAUAUCUGCGCCUGCGUCCGGGCCGUGUGGCUAUGCAGGAUGCUACAGCUCAGAUGGCAAUGCUUCAGUUCAUCAGCAGCGGUCUGCCCAGGGUGGCUGUCCCCUCCACCAUCCACUGUGAUCACCUGAUCGAGGCUCAGAUCGGGGGGGCUGAGGACCUGCAGAGGGCUAAGGAGGUCAACCAGGAGGUGUACAACUUCCUUGCAACUGCUGCGGCCAAAUACGGAGUUGGCUUCUGGAAACCAGGCUCAGGGAUCAUCCAUCAGAUCAUCCUGGAGAACUAUGCCUAUCCUGGAGUGAUGCUGAUUGGUACAGACUCCCACACUCCCAAUGGCGGUGGCCUGGGUGCCAUCUGCAUUGGAGUGGGUGGAGCUGAUGCUGUGGAUGUCAUGGCUGGAAUCCCUUGGGAGCUCAAGUGUCCCAAAGUGAUUGGAGUGAGGCUGACAGGCACCCUCUCUGGCUGGACCUCUCCCAAGGACGUCAUCCUGAAGGUGGCGGGCAUCCUGACUGUGAAGGGCGGCACUGGAGCCAUCGUGGAGUAUCAUGGACCUGGAGUUGACUCCAUCUCCUGCACUGGAAUGGCGACUAUCUGUAACAUGGGCGCUGAGAUUGGAGCCACUACGUCUGUUUUCCCCUACAACCACCGCAUGAAGACGUACAUGGAGAAAACCGGCCGUGGAGAGAUUGCCUCUGUGGCUGAUCAGUUCAAGGAUGACUUGGUCCCAGAUAAGGGUUGUGAAUACGACCAGGUCAUUGAGAUUAACCUGAGCGAGUUGAAGCCCCACAUCAACGGACCGUUCACCCCCGACCUGGCCCACCCUGUGUCCGAGAUCGGGGCCAUAGCUAAGAAGAGCGGCUGGCCCCUGGAGGUUAAAGUUGGUCUGAUCGGCAGCUGCACCAACUCCAGCUACGAGGACAUGGGCAGAGCGGCCUCUCUGGCCAAACAGGCUCUGGAUAAAGGUCUGAAGUGCAAGGCCCAGUUCACAGUCACCCCUGGGUCUGAACAGAUCCGCGCCACUAUCGAGAGGGACGGAUAUGCCAAGAUCCUGAGUGAUGUUGGUGGAGUUGUACUUGCCAAUGCUUGUGGACCCUGCAUCGGACAGUGGGACAGGAAGGACGUGAAAAAAGGAGAGAAGAAUACCAUCGUCACAUCCUUCAACAGGAACUUCACUGCCAGGAAUGAUGCUAACCCAGCGACUCACGCUUUUGUCACCUCUCCUGAAAUAGUCACUGCCAUGGCCCUGGCCGGUACCCUCAACUUCAACCCUGAGACUGACUACCUGACCGCUCCCAAUGGAGACAAGUUCAAGCUGGAACCCCCCAGUGGUGACGAGCUCCCGUCCAGAGACUUCGACCCGGGCCAGGACACCUACCAGCACCCCCCGAAUGAGAGCAGCUCAGUCAAGGUGGACGUGAGCCCCUCCAGCAACCGUCUGCAGCUGCUGGAGCCCUUUGACAAGUGGCACGGAAAAGACCUGGAAGACAUGAGGGUCCUCAUCAAGGUGAAGGGAAAGUGCACCACUGACCACAUCAGUGCCGCCGGCCCCUGGCUCAAAUUCCGCGGCCAUCUGGACAACAUCUCCAACAAUCUGCUGAUCGGCGCCGUCAACAUCGAGAACGACGCCGUCAACAAGGUUAAGAACCAGCUGACAGGAGAGUACGGAGGUGUGCCAGAUGUGGCCCGCCACUACAAGGCCAAAGGAGUGAACUGGGUGGUGGUUGGAGAUGAGAACUAUGGAGAAGGGUCCAGCAGAGAGCAUGCUGCCCUGGAGCCACGACACCUGGGAGGACGCGCCAUCAUCGUCAAGAGCUUUGCCAGAAUCCACGAGACGAACCUGAAGAAGCAGGGGCUGCUGCCUCUGACUUUUGCCGACCCCCAGGACUACGACAAAAUCCGCCCAGACGACACGAUUUCAAUCACUGGCCUGAAAUCCCUCGCCCCCGGCAAGCCGCUGACAGCAGUGAUCAAACACAGCGACGGCAGCCAGAAGCCCAUCUCUCUGAACCACACCUUCAAUGAGACACAGAUCGAGUGGUUCAAGGCUGGCUCCGCCCUCAACAGGAUGAAGGAGCUGCAGUAGAUGGUGGCGAGGAGGAAGGCGGGGGCCUGUAGGGGCCAGUGAGGGGCCUUGGCGUGGGUUAAGAAGGGGAGGAACAUGGGCCUAGAGAGGGGCUUCGCAAAGAGGGAGAGACGAGAGGAACAGCUGCAACCAUGCUCAGUUAAAGAAAGAACACAAACGCACACACACACACACACACACACACACAAGGUCGAUGUACAGAUGAAAAGCGCACACACACACACACAUACACACUCACUCUCUCACGAGCAUGUACAAACUGACAGGAUUACUGUGACAGCACUCCCGGUCGACAGGCAGACUUGCACAAAUGCACUCAAACAAGCGCACAUAACGAAGCUCAGCAGUGUGUGUGUCUGUUACACUGUGUCGUUCGUAUUAGCAGCUUAUUUGUUCAUGUAGCACUCAGCUGACCGUCUCAUCUGUGUCCACCGAACAGGGUGGUGCUUUCCUACCUUUGUGACACAUCGGCAUCACUGCUGUAUCUCUCUGAUAGUCGUUUGAUUUCACCGAACGUCGUUCCAAACUCGCCUCUGCAGAAAGAGGCUCGUUCGAAGCAUCAGCUGUACUGUAUCUAGCAGUACGCAAACCUGUUUCAUACAGAAUAUUGUUUAAAAAGGUUUUAUAUCUUUAACUGCAAAAUCCACCCCAGGACCAGACAGUUGUUGUUCUCCAUUAUACCUCCUCUUUAAUGUCGUUCCAUCCAAACAGCUCAAUAAGCUGACUGAGUUGUUCAACUCACACGAAUGUAUGAAUUUUUCUUUCCCCUGAUUCUCUCCAGAUGUGUCACCUGAAGUUCAGAACUUCAGGGUUUUCUGCUUUCUGGUCUCAGUCAUUGUUGAUUAGAGCCUCACUGUGAACAAACAAACUUACUGUAAGCAGCACCAGUGAAAUCCCAUCAAUGGCAGCUCACCCUGCUCUCAUUCGGUCUGAGAUAUUGAGUUUUCAUGCUGCUAUUGUUGCAUUUUCACCCCCCACCCCCCCACCUCCACCCCUGCUGUUCUUCUUAUGCUCACUUGCUUGUUUUCUGUCUUUUUGCAUGAUAUAACACCCCAUUGUGUGAAAAGGUUUCUGUGUGGUUGUCUCUCUCUCUCCCUCUGACUUGGGACAACAAACCAGAACACAGAGUGCUGUUGUGUUUGCACAAGCCUGGCCAUUUUUUUUUUUUUCUUUCCAUUUGUGGUUUGUUGUGUGUAUGUGUGCGUGUGUGUGUGUGCGUGUGUGUGUGUGCGUGCGUGUGAAAGAGAUGCAUGACUUUGUUCUUGAGGUUAACAUCGGUCUGUGUUUCAACUGUCUGUCCCUCUUUGCUCCUGCUGCCUCUCUUUGUAUCCACCAGGCCGGCCCAUGCGGUCCAGACCACAACCUGAUGUUUGGUUUGAUAGGCUGUCUUCAGCUUUGUGUUGACGGACAGUAAAGCUGCACUGGGCAAGAUUUUAAUGUGAAUUCUAGUGAAGCCCGUUGGAAAAAAGCAGCAACAGUUUAAUGAAAACUCCUUAUACUUCUACACAGCUGCAAUCACGCUGUGACCAGAGAAACCUCCACACUUGUAGAGUAGAUCUACAUCCCAGUGAAAUGAGCUUCCCAGGUCACUCGGUCAUCCGGCUCAUUAUGUUGUUGUGGUUUCUCUGUGUUAAACUCCCAGUUUCUCAGUUACUGCAGCUGCCAGUGUGUGAAAUUGCCUGGUGUAGCUGUAAUGGGAGAUGGCAGACUGUGUUUGUCUUUGAGCUGAAUGUUUCGUUUUGUUGUAAUCAGGUUGAGGUUUGGUCCUCCACAGCUCGGGAAGGCGUGAGGUCUUCUUACACAAACUAACGCACAAUCCUAGUGUCCAGUUGCCUGUACACUAGCACUUUGUAGAGUUAGAGAAGUAGCUUUUAGGUGUGCUUUCGCUAUGCGUCGUGUUUCCUCUGCAAAACAUCGUCCUCGUUCAGCGUACAUGUCUGUGGUGACUGACAUACAACUUGUGAUAUUCAUUAUUGAGACACAUAUGUUCAGUUGGUAGGAAGAUCUAGAUUGAAGAUCGUUCUAAACCAGAGUCUCGCCAUGAUGUAGUGUGCGCCACUGAAACAUUGUGGUUAUAUAUUUUUUUUGAGCUUAGGGAUAUUUUCUGCUGUGUUUUAUGUGGGAGUAAUUCUGCUCCUCUGUGUUUAGUUCUCCUCCUCAUGCAGAGUUAAACCCGUCACUUCUUCAAUCUGCUGUCGCACAAGUAAAAACCUUUUGGAUUAAUACAGUUCCUGAGGUAAAUCCAUAUGUACUAAAAAAGUCACUAGGUUUGGAUCAGUGUGUAAAUGAUUUGCUGUAUAGCUGCACUUUGUAUAGGGAUGUGUACAUAAAUAAUAAUCAUUAUAUACAGGUAUAUAUAUAUAUAUGUAAACAAACAGAGAGAGAGGGAGGGAGUAACAUGCUGUAUGCUGCCCAGAGUCAUGAUAUAGAGACCCCUCUGCAGUCUUUAUUAAACUGAUUAAUGGCUUCACAGACCAGUCGAUGAAUGAAAAGCACAGGUACUGGAUUGUGGCUGUCGGUUGCUGCUGGGCUUUGACAGGAGGUGAACAUGCAGCAGCCCAACUUUAACGACGUUUUGCACAUAAAUGACUCUUUAUAUGUUUAGCUGUUGAUAAAAUUCAACUGCUCAACACUUUGAGAAUCAUCACAAAAAAUUGUUUCCUGCCCUCACUGAGCUCAUCUUACUGAUGCUUAAACACUCCUGAUCAGUGUAUCAGAUUUACUGCCAAAGAUGCCUAAUGAAAUUAUUAAGAAAUAAUAGUUACCAAGGAGUUGUGUUUGAAUCAAUCAUCCAUCUUCAUGUGACAUUUCAAAAAUAUCACCAUGUCCAUUAUUACUUGAUUACAUACAGGGUUUUGUUCCUGACAGAAUUCACCAGGAUCUUCAAAAAUAUUGAAUAAUUCAAUCAUCAUCUUUCUUCUGUCAGCGCAUUUAACAGCUGCUUAUACUGUGAAGUAAAAUGUUCACUGGUUCAGUUUGAACAGUGCUACUGUAAACCGACAAACCAAAUGUUCAUGAAGGCGUUGUGUAAAUAGAAAUGGAAUAUGAGCAGAUGUUAUUUCAUAGUGAUGGUUCCCCUCACACUCCUGUUUCAGCAUUAAGCGUGAUUUUUGUAAAAGUAAAAGAUUCAAUGAUGAUGCCUGCAGUUUUGUAGCUUGCGAGAUUUAAAAAUAUUGUGACAUUUAUGAGAUAAAUGGUAAAUUAAUAAAGAUAAAAUUCUGAA